CACUAUUUUUAGUGCGUAUCUUUAAAUCUGAAAGCAUACAGUCUUAUCUGGUUGUUGUUUCGGCGACAGAUGUGGAGUGCGUAAGGCCGCUCCGCGCACCCAUGUACACCUCGCAAAAUCGAUAGCUCAGCGUCCGUCUCAGUGUCGACUUGUUUUCCAUCGAAUUUAGUGCUCGCUUAGUCCGCUAGCGUUUUUGUUAGAAGUAUCAUGUUAAAUUAAUAAUGGAAUCGUCAGUAAAGAGGUACAUUAGGAGUGAUUCAGCGAACUGCGCGCAUAUGGUUGAGGAGAGUGCAGCGAGUUGUAGAAAAGUGGUGGAUCCCCACGAGAAAUUGAAAGCGCUGCUGAACUCGCCUGAGGAGGACACGGACGACUCGUUGCCGCCGACGGAUGCCCCGAAGUUCGGAACUGUGAUACAUAAUAGAAUUUUUGUGGGGGGUUUCUCGUUGACGACGACUGAUGAAGACCUGUGGAAGUUCUUCUCUGGGUUCUCGACGGUGACGGCGGCGAGGGUGAUCUACGACAGAGCUGGAGUCUCCAAGUGCUACGGGUUCGUGACGUUCGCGAGUCCCCGGGUCGCCAGGCUGAUCGUGAAACAGAGUGGCGGAGUCAUGUUCUCCCCGUUGGGACGUCUCCGAGUAGCACAGGCGGUCAGAAAGCAGAUGACCCAGUUACCAGUGCUGGACUCGGGAGCGGCGCCGCUACAAGCGCCGCUGUGCUACCAGCUGCUUUGUGCACCGCCGCUUGCGCCACUGCCAGCCUGUGCGCCAUGCGAGCUGCCGCCCCCGCCAUAUGCUGUGUACCCUCUGCCAUUUGACACCACUCCAGCAAUAUACGGCCCCCCAGCGCAGUACACGCUAGUCCCGGCCCCCUACUCGGCUCCCUGCUGCGAGCCAGCCUGCUGUGCACCCCUCGACAAGCAGCCCCGUAUCCCGCCGCCGCCUCUGCAUCCCGCAUUCAUCUACUAGGCCAGGGCCAUUAGUUUCCAGAAGUGUGUCUUCUGAAAGCCUGGGUCUGGGAGCUGGUAAGGUUUUUGCUUUGGAAUUUCCAGGUUUCUAUAAAGUAAACUUUUCAGGAGGCUUUGAUUCCUUUGAAGAUGAAGAAAUACGACUGCAAAGGAUAAGGUUGUUGAUGAAAGUUAUGAUUUCGUCGAUAGCAAAGUGAAGUUUUCAAGAGGCUUUGAUUCGUUGGACGUAAAGGAAAAGUAACCGAAUGCAAAGGAUAGGACUGUUGAUGAAUGAAUUGUUAAGGAAGUAGACUAAUUAAAAGCAAUAAAUUCUCAGGUUAAGUAGAUUGGAAGAAGUAAUGCUAAGGAAGUAAAGGACAAAAUGCCUCUUGAAAGUUCUUGGAAAUUCAGGAAAUAAGCACUCAAGCCUUGUAAAAUCAAUGCUCCCAGAAUCCAGAACCUUUUCGUUAGUUCUCAAGUAGACCAGUUUCCUGUUCACUAUGCGUUUUAUAUCUAUCGCAUAAUGUUCCAGUCACUGGCUUUGAUAUUUGAGAACGAUGACGUACACUUUUGGAAACUAAUCUAAGUAGAUAUUUAAGUGUGUAUUUAGGGGAUCGUCAUCAGAAACUAGAACUGGUUGGUGCAGUGAGAGCAUCCUCGUUAAUUUUAUCAGAAGACGAAUAAAAAUGACGUGAAUUUUAACGUAAUCGAUGGGAAAUUUUCCAUCGUCUGCAAGCUUCCUAAAUACCCCAAUUCCAUAUUGUCUAUCACCACUCCCCCAUUGGUAAUUAAACAUGGUUCCUCUCCUUAAGGUUUGGUUUCUUAGGUUAGUUUCAUUUGAAGGUUGUUCCCAAAUUGUUCCUUUUGCUCAAGUCUUCCAACUUUAUCAUGCUCAAGUUGUUUCACUUCCAUUAGUUCAAGCCAUUGUAAUCAGGCGAUUUUGUUGUGUUAUUAGAGUAAAACUAGCUGUAAUAUUAAAUCUUGCUGUAUUUGAAAUAAUUAUAGAGCAAACUUCUUCGAAAGAAACAUCAGGUGAUCUGUAUUCUUCUUAUAAUGAUGAUCCUGAGUCCUGAUGUUUUAUCAUCUUGCUAAUGAAGUGUGAAAUAUUUCAAUGAAGUUAAUAUCAUCAUCAUCACCAACAGCCCUUUACAGUCUACUGCUGGACUCCACUUUAGUGGAGGAAAGUUACUUGAUGUUAUUCAAUACAAAGGUGUCCCUAAUGCCACAAGAAAAUUGCCUGAAGAAAUUCCUCCAUUACCCUAUUUAUAGAAUUUCGAAUUGAUUGGGAAACGUGAAAGAUCUGGUGUUGAAAGUGUUCAUGGUAGGUAUAACUUUCUGGUGUGUUUUGACCGUUUUGUCUCCUGUACGUAGUCUGGUUGCUUUUAUUUUUAGACUUAAGUGUUAGCUGUACAAUCGGUGUAAAAACUGUGGGUUCGUGUGCUAUCAGUACUAUAAUAAUGUGCAAUGAUAAUAGAUAUAUAAAAUCAUUUUAACUUCUUUACUUGACGGAAAUUUUCUAUUUGCAAGAGAAUUUUAUCUGUCACCAUGUGCAGAGUUGUUCUUAGCAAGUCCAUGUACCACAAGAUGAUUAAUUUCUAAAAUUAAUUUCAAAUUCGAAAAUCAUUGAAGAAAUUGGUCAUUUUGAAGUGGAAUUUUGUGGCAAAAGAAAACAUGAAGUAAGUGAUUUUAUGUAUCUAUGAAAGAUGGGUGUUAGAUAAUAAAGUGCAAAGUGAGCACAACGAUUCAUAGCACAAAACGGCUAUGUUGCUAGAUGUAGAAGACGUUACCUCCGUGGAAAAAGACAUAUUUGUUGUAUUAGCUUGUUAUCCUUGAAAAGGAGUUUCGUUUACCUUAGUGUAAGGUUGUUUUCGAAAGCAAUUGACAUAGACAGAGAUAUAAACCUAUUUUUUAAUAAAUUUAGUUUUUACAUGUUGUUGAUUGUCACUUUAUUAAAUCUGGGGUCCAAAUGUGAAGGCAUGUAAACAUUGAAACUUAAUUCUUUUAGCAGAUGUCUGUGGUGUAUUUGAUGUUUAUAUUUCUACACAUGAAUGUUUGUUGAAAAGACGACGAUAAGAACUUUGUUUCGGAUAUACAAUAGUUGUUGCAGUGUUAAUAAUCCUUUUGACGUUGUUAUUUGCUUGUUUGGUAAAUAAAUAGAUGACCAGGAUGUUAUAGUUCUCAUAAGACUAAUUGCAAAGUCAGGAACGCUUAUUAAUAUGAUUAGUUAUAUCGAAUUCUAUUAAAAAUGUUACACUGUAAUGUCUUUCUUGUUUUUCUGAGCUUCAUCGUUAUUUACCAAACAACAUGGUUUAUUUUAUAGACAGUUUGAUGGCUACUUUACGUUAGGUGUAAUGUUAGUUGUUAUUACGUUGUCCACAAGUUUUGAUGGAUCGAAGUACACAAAUCGUCAACGAUGUGAUAUGGGAUAUUCAAUAACGUAGCAUUAGUUUUAUUUGUUAGAAGACUUAAUAGUUUUAGAUUCAACACAUUUUUAAAUAACGUCGUUUGUCUAUCACUCGGAAAAAUAGGACCAAAGACAUUCGCAGAAGCGUGCAAAUGGUCACCUGUAGUAGUGAGUCACAAAGUCUCUUAAUACGUAAAUUCGUUGUAAGUGGGUGUUGAUAAUUUUUAUAUUCGUCACUUUUAGAGCUCUUUAAUAGAGUUUCCUGUAGACCUAGAGAGCCGAUGCUCUUCAACAUUUCCAAAUUGUGUUGUAUUAUUAAAAUUUUAUCACGAGAACUAGCUUGCUCGUACAAGCAAUAAAUUCUUGCUCUGCCCUUAGUAAUAAGGCUUAUCUCAAUUAUUAUAUUACAUCAUAUACGAUUAGUAUUACUGGAAAUGCGGUCAAUUUGUCGUUUUGGAUUUUUAUGACUAUUAUUGUUAGUUCUAAGUCUAGUAUAUUAUGUAAUCUUGCGAUGCUUUUGUGCUCAAGGUGUUAUCUUUUUUUUUGUUUUAUUUAUUUGGUACACUUUUGGCAACUUGGGCUAUGUUUUCACAGCGCUUACAAUUAAAGCUUUCUUUUCAGCUUUUAAUGUAUGCUAGUACUUGGCUAGUGAGCUUUGCUUUAGGAACGACACUGGAGCAUUUGGUAAAUGGAAUUGAAUGUACACACUCAAAAAUAGUCGCAUCUGAUCUUGCAUGGAUUUUUCUCUGGCCAGCAUGUGAUGGUAUGGCCGUAUCCUCUAAAAUAAAUUUUAUCUUAAUUAUCACAGUGGAAAUCUAAGUGCUUGGCCAGGUUGCACAGACGGGUGCAUAGCGUCAAACAUAUAACGCGUACGGGCGCCAUUAUCGACACUCGAUUAAGAUUUCAUAAUAAUAUGUUUGAGUACAACAAAGCGAUGCGCCUUUGUGUGCAGCCUGGUCAAGCACCAUAAGUAGUAUUAUUUUAUCGUAUAGUUAAAUCGUCGUUUUAUUAUUUCAAAGCAAAGUGAAAGCAUAGCCAUUAAUUGUGGUCGUAUAACUAUCAUGAUGUCAUGGAUGUUUCGGCAUGUUCUGUUGAUGCAAAGUGUUGUGAACUCGUAGUCUCUUCUGUGCUAUGUGAAGUACAAGAUAUUUUAUAUGCGAGCUAUUGUAGGUUAUUAUUAAGCAUGAAACUCUAUCUAUCACUUAUCGCUGCUUGGUCUCUAUCAUGAAUAUGUAUGUCUAUUUCUUUAUGUGGUAUCAAUAGCAAAAUUUGUAGGACAAACAAAACUUUUUCAUUUUAUUCUGUCUAAACU